UUUUUUCCCUUUCCUUUUUUUGUGAAUGAAAACGGGAGGUCGCGCGCGGUCCCCGGGACUGCAGCGCUAGGCGUCUUCGCGGCCGCGCCUUCGGAGCGGGCCGGGCGCGUAGCGGCGGCGGCCUCGCCCCUCUCCUCCCCAACUGCGCGUCGCCUCCAGCCUCCGCAGCCAGAGGACCGGCGGCGGCGCGGCCCAGCCGCGCGAGGUCGGCGCCCGCGCGCAGCCCACUCCAGCGUGCCUCCAUGACAUUGGGCGCCCGGGGCGCGGGGAGAUGCUGAUCCGGAAGAGGCAAUGGCUGCAGUGCCGCGCGCGCGGCCGCUCCCGGCCCGCCGUCCGGCCUGGGCUGCUCUGUCAGAGUCUCUGAUCUAGCGCGACCCGGGCCCGGAGCCUGUAGCAGCGGCGGCGGCAGCGGCGGCGGCGGCAGCAGCGGCAGCGGCGGCGGCGGCAGCAGCGGCGGCGGCGACGCCGGCAUCGACCUAACUUGCACGCGCGGAGUGACCCCAGACAUUUCACUAAAAUGAGCGUGCUUAGCAGGAAGAGAUGUGUUCCUUACACUAGAAAUUACCCCGUCACAUGUAGUGGUGUCCCAAUUAAUGGAUUCUGACAUGGAUUAUGAAAGGCCAAACGUAGAGACCAUCAAGUGCGUUGUGGUGGGAGACAACGCGGUGGGCAAGACCAGGCUCAUCUGUGCCCGGGCCUGCAAUGCUACCCUCACCCAGUACCAGCUGCUCGCCACCCAUGUGCCCACGGUUUGGGCCAUCGACCAGUAUCGGGUGUGCCAGGAGGUGCUGGAACGCUCCAGAGAUGUGGUAGAUGAUGUCAGCGUCUCCCUCCGCCUCUGGGACACCUUUGGAGACCACCACAAAGACCGUCGCUUUGCUUAUGGGAGAUCCGAUGUGGUGGUUCUAUGCUUCUCCAUUGCCAACCCCAAUUCCCUCCACCAUGUCAAGACCAUGUGGUAUCCAGAAAUCAAGCACUUCUGCCCCCGAGCACCUGUCAUCUUGGUGGGGUGCCAGCUGGACCUGCGCUAUGCGGACCUGGAGGCUGUCAAUAGGGCCAGGCGACCCUUGGCUAGGCCCAUCAAGCCCAAUGAGAUCCUUCCCCCAGAGAAGGGUCGGGAGGUGGCCAAGGAGCUGGGCAUCCCCUACUAUGAGACCAGCGUGGUGGCCCAGUUUGGCAUCAAGGACGUCUUUGACAAUGCCAUCCGCGCCGCGCUCAUCUCCCGCCGCCACCUGCAGUUCUGGAAAUCCCACCUCCGCAACGUGCAGCGGCCUCUGCUGCAGGCGCCCUUCUUGCCUCCCAAGCCGCCUCCCCCCAUCAUCGUGGUGCCCGAUCCCCCCUCCAACAGCGAGGAGUGCCCCGCCCACCUCCUGGAGGACCCGCUGUGCGCGGAUGUCAUACUGGUGCUGCAGGAGCGGGUGCGCAUCUUUGCCCACAAGAUCUACCUCUCCACCUCCUCCUCCAAGUUCUACGACCUGUUCCUCAUGGACCUGAGUGAGGGGGAGCUGGGGGGCCCCUCGGGGCCCGGGGGCCCCCGCCCAGAGGACCACCGGGGUCACCCCGAUCACCACCACCACCAUCACCACCACCACCAUGGCCGGGACUUCCUGCUACGGGCGGCCAGCUUUGACGUAUGCGAGAGCGUGGAGGAGGGCGGGGGCUCGGGGCCCGCUGGGCUCCGUGCCUCCACCAGUGAUGGGAUCUUACGUGGCAAUGGAACAGGUUAUCUGCCUGGGAGGGGCCGGGUACUAUCUUCCUGGAGCCGAGCUUUUGUGAGCAUCCAGGAGGAAAUGGCAGAAGAUCCUCUGACCUACAAGUCCCGGCUGAUGGUGGUGGUAAAGAUGGACAACUCCAUCCAGCCGGGGCCCUUCCGGGCUGUUCUGAAGUACCUGUACACCGGGGAGCUGGACGAAAAUGAGCGCGACCUCAUGCACAUCGCCCACAUUGCCGAACUUCUUGAGGUCUUUGAUCUGCGCAUGAUGGUGGCCAACAUUCUCAACAACGAGGCCUUCAUGAACCAAGAGAUCACUAAGGCCUUCCAUGUCCGCCGGACUAACCGGGUGAAGGAGUGCUUGGCAAAAGGCACCUUUUCAGAUGUGACCUUCAUCCUGGACGAUGGCACCAUCAGUGCCCAUAAGCCCCUGUUGAUUUCCAGCUGUGACUGGAUGGCCGCCAUGUUUGGGGGACCAUUCGUGGAGAGUUCCACCAGGGAGGUGGUGUUCCCGUACACAAGCAAGAGCUGCAUGAGGGCCGUGCUGGAGUACCUCUACACAGGCAUGUUCACCUCCAGCCCCGACCUGGAUGACAUGAAGCUCAUCAUCCUGGCCAACCGCCUCUGCCUGCCGCACCUGGUUGCCCUCACAGAGCAGUACACAGUGACCGGGCUGAUGGAAGCAACGCAGAUGAUGGUGGACAUUGACGGGGACGUCCUCGUGUUCCUAGAACUGGCUCAGUUCCACUGCGCAUACCAGUUGGCCGACUGGUGUCUUCACCACAUCUGUACCAACUACAACAACGUGUGCCGCAAGUUCCCCCGAGACAUGAAGGCCAUGUCCCCAGAAAACCAGGAGUACUUCGAGAAGCACCGGUGGCCGCCUGUCUGGUACCUGAAGGAAGAGGAUCACUACCAGCGGGCACGGAAGGAGCGCGAGAAGGAGGACUAUCUCCACCUGAAACGGCAGCCCAAGCGGCGGUGGCUGUUCUGGAACAGUCCCUCCUCUCCGUCCUCUUCUGCAGCCUCCUCGUCAUCCCCAUCUUCUUCCUCAGCUGUGGUCUGA